UUAGACAAGGGAAAUGUGAAAGCUAGAAAUAUUUACAACAUACCUAUGAAUCGUCAAUGGAAAUGGCCUUUGCCCCCAGGAAAAGUCCUGAUAAUGACCAUCACGUACUUUAACCUUGGCCCAUGCUGCGCUUGUGCUUAUCUGGAAGUACUUAAUCUCGUAUCCGGAGCGCUGAUAAAAGGCCCGUAUUGUGGAGCGUUGGCGGUUCCUUUCACCAUAACCAUCCCAACGAGGAAUGUGGAGGUACAUUUGUUCUCCGAUGGAACUCAGAUACUUGAUGGCUUCGAAUUUUCCUACGAAAGUAUCGAGGCAUUUGUUUGCGAAUCGCCAGUAACAAGUUUAACCAACGCAACAGGAGAAAUCGUUGCUCGCAAAGUUCUCAAUAUGCCGAUGACUUGUAUGUGGAGGAUAACAUUACCUGCCGGAAUGAUGAUAAAGAUGACAUUCACCGAGUUUAACCUUAAUGCGUGCUGCGGUUGUGCUUAUCUAAGAGUAAUUGACACAGAAUUUACUCCGAUUGCUCUGACAGGACUUUUGGUGACCACUCCCUCACCACAAGGGUUAAUCCCAUUGACCAUCAGCUCAGGAUGUCAGAGCGACAAGAGGGGAUUAGCAACUCCCAAGGAAACCAAAACAGCCAUCACAUCAAUGACAGCUCAACAAGAAGAAGUUCCAGAAGACUGCUGGGCCUCUACCCAGGCUAACAACUACACAUCUCUUGAAAAUGGGCCACAGAUAGGACGCGACCAUUGCGGCACCACUAUUCCUUCGCCCAUCCCUGCAACAAUAAGCAAUCAGAUCGAAAUUACGCUUUAUACCAAUGGGGCAGCCAGCCUUCCUGGAUUGGUAAUUCAGUAUGAAGAGUGCCUACAGCCAGUACGGAAACUUAAUUCCCCGAUGAGAGUCGAUUCUGACCCGCAGUAA